AGCAAAUGGGCAUGGGAAUUCCUGAAGGGAAAGGCCCUUAUUCUGUGGGAUGUACAGACCUCAUGACUGGUUAUGGUAUUCAGGGGACUUUUUUGCGUCUGUAUUAUCCCUCCCAAAAUGAUAUGAAUUAUGAAGAUACAAAAUGGAUUCCCAAUAAAGAAUAUUAUUGUGGACUCUCUUGUUUUCUUAAUCUGUAUUGGAUAAUAGGGGAGUUCAUUCUAUCACAUUAUUUUGGCUCAGUUACCUCUCCUGCAAAGUGGAAUGCUGAAUUCAAGACUGGAGAAAAAUAUCCUCUAAUUAUUUUUUCCCAUGGACUUGGAGGGUUUAGGACGCUGUAUUCUGCAAUUUGCAUUGAAAUGGCAUCCCGGGGAUUUGUUGUUGCUUCCGUGGAGCAUAGAGACCAGUCCUCUUCAGCUACAUAUUACUAUAAAGAAGACCCUACCAUAGGAGCCAAAAGAAAACCCCCAGCAUUGCACAAGGAGUGGAUUUUCUAUAGGAAAUUAAAACCAGAUGAAAAUGAACUUUCAUUGAGGAGGCAACAGGUACAGCAAAGGGCAGAUGAAUGCAUUAGAGCACUUGACCUUUUGCUUGAAAUUAAUUCUGGAAAUCCCAUUAAGAACAUUCUGCCUUUAAAUUUCAACUGGAGUCUUUUAAAGGAUUCUAUUGACUUACAGAAGAUAGCAGCAAUGGGACAUUCUUUUGGUGCUGCCACAGUCAUAGAAACGCUUAGCAAAGAUGCACGAUUCAAAUGCGGUGUUGCUCUUGAUGCUUGGAUGCUUCCCCUCUCUGAUGAAGUAUAUCCCAAAGUUCACCAGCCAUUGCUGUUUAUUAAUUCAGAAAAAUACCAGUGGGCUUUGAAUAUCCUAGAGAUGAAGAAACUUAAUUACAAAGGCAGAGAAAGAAAAAUGAUAACUAUUGAAGGAUCAGUACAUCAGAGUUUUCCCGACUUUACAUUCCUUACCGGAAACAUAAUUGGGAAGAUUUUUAAACUGAGAGGAGAUAUAGAUCCCCAAACAGCUAUUGAUAUUAGCAACAAAGCUUCACUGGCCUUCUUACAGAAACAUUUGAGUCUCUCUAAAGAUUUUAACCAAUGGGAUCCUCUUUUAAAUGGUGAAGGACCUAAUGUCAUUCCAGAUACCAAUGUUGACUUACCUCUAGGAGCAUCUCAGUGUAAAUAA